AUGGGCUGUUCUGAGUCCAAGGGGCUGCAAACAAAACCGCGGCCCCAUCAACCCGCAUCUCCUAAAAAGGAACCCCAGUCCCCAAAGAAGAAUGCUGGCAAUGGGUGCCCUGCAAUGUCUCCACGGAAUUGCGAACAGCAGGCGAACGCCGAGCGGUAUCUGCGUUUAAUUCUCGAGGGAGCAGAGAAGAUUUUGGGUGGGGGGUUUCGCUUUGCUUCAAACGAGGAAAGCCAGCAGGUUGCCUUGACGUUCUUGAACUCAUGCGUGGAGGUGACACGCACGAGGUUCCGAUUAACAACGGGUGUGAUUCUGGAGACGAUCGGACGCAUUGCAUCUGAGGAGAAGCUAAAGACAAUUUUGGGCACGCUGCCUAAUGUUAAGGAAAACUGUGUGGAUGAGGGUUUCUCCCGGCUUCUGUAUGACUGGCUUGAGACCAGUUCCGGAUUCUCAGCGGCGCUGCAAAACAAUGCUGAGCGUUCCACGCAAAAGACCAAAGGCGGAAGCAAGAAUGCCCCCACUUGGACUGGGUUUUCAAACCUUUUAGUCUCUCAUCUUUGCGCUGCAACUGCGAUACCAGCAAUCGACAUCUUCUCGAAGUUUGCGCAGGGCAAGCCAAGUAUGACGGAAAAAGAGUAUGGAAACUUUCUCAGAGAGACGCAGCACUCGGACCUAACAGAUACCCAGAUCAGGGAAAAAUAUAACUUUCGUUUUGGUGGGGCAAUUCAUAAGUACAACUUCAACACUUACUUUGGAGGUUUGUCAACUAACUCUGCCCUGGACCCGAUGCGGACGGCUGAUGUUUGGCAAGACAUGACGCAACCACUGACUCGCUACUCAGUUAACAUGACACGGGUUGAGAGCGAAGCUGACCUCAAUCGUGCCCUGGUCGAUAGCUCAAGAGCCUUCCUCUUGAACGUGGUGAAGGAUGAAAAGGGCAUUCUCUGCAGUGGGAGCUGUCCGAUUCGAACUAUUCUAGAGAGCAUUCAAGCAGUUGGCUUUUCUACCAAUUCCUAUCCCAUUGUUUUAUGCCUCUCCCCGGUAAAUCCUAUUUCCGUGGAACUUGGGAAGGAGCUGGCUUUUUUCAUAAAAAAAGAUUUUUCAACAUUGUUUGCAAAAGGCCUGAUGUUUGAGGGAUCCAUUAUCAGUGAUCCUAAGUUCAGUCCCGCGGCUCUGCGAAAGAAGGUGCUUCUCAUGGGCCACCAGAGCCGAUUGAAACCUUUUGUGGGGUGUUACGUGGCAGACCUCAACAGGGAAUCCCUCGGGGUACGUGUGACGGAGGUUGUUCAGGGCACACCCGCCGCAAAGGCGGGUUUGACCAAGGACGAUUGGCUAACCCACUUCAACGGCGAACCUAUUCCAAAUAAGCAAAGCCUGCGUGAGCGACUGUCCAAUUUGCGUCUUGGUGGGGAGUUUUCACUGAGGAAGGAAAAUCUCGAGGACAUCAAGAUAGUGGUGGGGGGCACGGUUGAUGCCGCUGACCAAAGCGCCUCCGCUGAGCUAUCGGAGAUAUUGUUUUUGAAGUACACAGAGGGUAAGGGUGGCAAGCCGUGGGAAACACAGGUCGUAAGAGAGGAAGCUCUACAGGACCCCAAAUUAAUGAGGGAGGACCUUGACGAUCACUUUGCCUUCUUUACUAGUGAAGGGACCGCAGCCAACGCGGAUCAGAUUAAAACGGCUACCAAACUUGGAGUACAGUUUAUCGACACUGGGAAUGCGCCGGAAGCUCAAAUCUGGGCCCGUGGUCGCUUUGUAGACAAUGGAGGCAGCGGCUACCUCAUUAAGAGUGACGCUGCGGUGAAGCCAAUCGUAAGUGUGACGGUAGAGGUCAUUGCUGGGCUCCAAGAUAUGAAAGGGGCGUGUUUGCAAAGCGGAAAGGUUCGUGUCUACGGCACCGGCUCCGCUCGCGUUGACGGAAACCGAUUUAAUUUCAAGGAGUGUAACGACGCUACUGUGGCUGUACUUGAAUGUGACUUUGCGCACGAUGGAGGCUUUUUUAGUUUUGUGGCCGCGUUCCCGCUGGGGCUCUUGCGUUCUGGGUACCGGGUCCUGCCUAUGCAGCAAACCGGUGGUCCCAGGAAACUUGCUACCUCCAAGCUUGGCGCCUACUGCUUCAUCCGACGAAAUGAAUAG